AUUUUGUUAAAUCGAUAUUAUUGUAAAUCUAUAUCGAGACACUUAAAUUACUUAAAGUUAUGAAAAUUAUAAGAAAAACAAUUCGGAAUAAAUAUGAGCACAGACCUUCUAUCGGUGAAAUGGAGUCUUGUCAUGAAGCACUUUACUUUCGAUUUCACUUGGUUAGAAAAAACCAGAGCCGUGGAAAAACGACACUCCCAUAGACCGCCAUAGGAACUUUGGAAUGCGGAAGUAACGCGUGUCGUGGACUAUGGUCGUGGAGCAGCCGAUAGUUCCAAACACUGAAGAAAAAAAAAAAAAAAAAAAAAAGUUCCAAACACUGAUAGUUCCAGCGCUGAACCCCGGGCCCAUUCAUUUUCAGUGAUUCUGAAGAUCGCUCGCUGUUCUGUCCAGCAGCAGGCUUGACUCGACUCCAGACCCGGUCUCCUCCCAGACCCAGGCCCUGUUUUCACCUGGAGUUAAAAUGCAUUUUGGUUGAUCGGAUCACAAGUGGACGAGGGAGACACAUACACGUUUACACCUGGUGUUUUAAUCCAUCUCUUUUGUCCUCUUUCAACCACUUCUGUCCCGAUUUCUUCAAGGGGGUGGGUAAAUAUAUGGGUUUUUAUAGAUCUUUCAAUCUAACAGACAAAAUAAGCUUGAGCAGUUUACAUAUGAACACGCCCAGAGAUGACAGUAAAACAUACAGAGAGCAUCAGUGUUUGUUUCUGCUCUGACAGACGCGAGACCAGCUGAACGCAGUGAGUGUGUGUUAGAAAUCAGGGAUGGUGAGAGAACAUUUUGGUAUGUUUUUCAUCUUCAAACCAAACUUGGGUCUUCAGCCAACAAUGUUUAAAUCCCGUCUGGCUAGCGUGCUUCCCAUAAUGUUUACACAUAGGUCAGUAGAUGGAGAGUAGACAGUCUUUAGUGGCGGUUCGAACACAUUCGACCACAUGAGCGUUUACACUAUGAAAGCAGCAUUUUCAAAUACCUCUGGAAGUGGUCGAAGGUGGACAAACUCAAACUAGACCCCAUUUACACCUGUAUUUAGUGUUGUCCACUUGUGAUCAGCCAAAACGCAUCUUAACACCAGGUGGAAACAGGCCCACAGUCUGCUUCUGGCAGUGGAAUGCUUUCACCCAAAAAUUCAAGUCUCCAGAUCAUCCUGCGCUAGAAGAAUGUAAUGGCUAUUGUGAACACUUAUAUUCCUUUUCUGGCCUGCUUUCUGCCAUCUUUCUCUCCCUGUAGGAAGUCGAAUGAGUUUCUUUGAAGAGAGAACAUUCAAGGAAAACUUACCUACUCUCUCCCUGGAUAUAAUAUAUAAUUAAAUGUGAAUGUAUCUUAACAUAACACAUCAUAGGAUUUUAGUAAUAUUUAUGACCAUAGGAGCAUGAGAAAAAUAUAUACAGUACAUGCUGUAAAUGUAUACCUUAUGGGAGCAGCUUCCUUAAACACUCACAAAAAAUUAAUUCAAUUCAAAGGACUUUAUUUGCAUGAAAACUUUUUAUAUAUAUAUAUAUAUAUAUAUAUAUAUAUAUAUAUAUUACAUACUACAUGAAUACACGUAUGUUUGUAUGUAUUUGUGUGUGUGUUCUGAUGAAUGGUAUAGCCUAUAGGUAAAGGCUAUGAUGAAGGGGUACAUUAGCAUUUCUGUUAACUGGAUUCAUUUCAGUAUGGCUAACGUUAUGGAUCGUAUUUAGGAACAUUGUUAAUUCACUCAGUAACCAUCUCUCCAGUUACCUGUACAUUUUAACAUACUACACUGUUAACGAUAAUGACCUCUCUUUCAACUCUCCAGAUACAAAAGUGUAGUCAACGUAGUAAUCAAUUUUAUUCAAUAUUUAAUCAGAAUUAUGCGUUAAUAUGUACCGAAAAAAAUGCUGCAAAUACAGUAGUUGCUGUGAAUGUGUUUUACGUUAUGGGAGCAGCCCCUCUUCACUCCAAAAUUAAACACAAAAACUGAUUAAUGCUGUUUCCGCCACUCCCCAGGAAAAAAAGGCUAUCAUAUGUAAUGUAAGUGUCAGCAUAAUAAUUAAUGUAUAUUAUGCGUCAAUAUUUACGGAUAAUUGCUACAAAUAUAGCUACAGCUGUCUGUUCCGCUUAAAACCAUUCAAACUAGUUGACGGCGCGGAUUUGUUUGGAACUAUUGAGAGCUACACGAACCACGUGACAGCGUGGCGGCGAGAUCAAAGAGUGUCGCAACUCUCAUAUUUAACGGCUCUGGAAAAAACUAAUAAAUAAUUCCUGAGGGGGAAACCUGUGAUUGGAUCAUUUCCAUCACCAGCUGACUUUGAUUGGUUCAUCGUUCUGCUGGAAUCAGGUUCAGUAGUUGUUUGUAUGGACAUUUUUAAUCCAGCUGAGGGCUGUUUCAUAAAACAAGAUUAGAAAACAAGCCAGGCUUAUUUUACUUAGUCAGACUUGUUGUCAGCGAAUUCUGUUUCAUAAAACAAACUUAAAUUAGUUCAAACUCAGUUACUCUGGCAACUUAUGCUGGGAAACUAGCCUGGUCUGGAGCAGGCUAACUGUCAGGCUAAGCUGAGCUCCUCUAACACUGACCAAUAGGAACGCAAUGAUAUUACAGCUGACUCUCUCACAUACAAUUAUUUGACCUUAUUAACACACACACACACACACAUAUAUAUAUAUAUUUUUUUUUCUAACUCUUGUUUUCACCCCUUGGACUGCAUUUCCCCUAACAAACUUCCUGGACUCAUUAUCCCGUUUCAUUGCACCCAAUGGUUUGUUUCUGCUUUUGUUAUCGUGGUUUCAUUUACGGUCACCGGCUUCUGUUUGUGUUUUUCUUUGUUUUUGUAUGGACUGUUCUGUGGACUUUGACCCUCGCCUGCCUGGAUUAUGUUUAUUGGAUUACCCCAUUAAAGCUGCACUUGGAUCUUACCUUCUUGUCUCUGUGCCAUUACGUGACAGAAACCACGAUCAUGCAGAGAUCCACCAGCAGGAGACUCCGGCCAGCGGCUAGCACCCGGGGAAGUCCCCAGGAUCUGACUAAACUUCUCCAGAGAGGUAUGGAGGUGCGGGCAUUCACCCAGAAGUUCUGGUCACGGGCGGAGAGGUUUAGCCUCCCUGAUGCGGUCCUCAAGGACACACUUAAUAACUGUUUGGAUGACCCUCUGCCGCAGUGGGAGAUGGAGCUGGUGGGGAGGUUACAUUUUUGGAAUUUCACCAGUUACCUGUAUCUGCGUAAGAAUGGGCAGAUUCGAUUACCUCCAGCACCCGCUCCAGCCCAUCAGUCCGCUCCAGAGCCUGCUCCAGCCCGUGUGUCCGCUCCUGAGUCUGCUCCAGCCAGUGAGUCCGCUCCAGAGCCCACAGAGGAGGUGGGUACAGAGUCACUGCCUCACUCACGUAAAAGGAGGAAGAGGAGAAGGAAGGCCAUCCAAGCCUUCUGCCCUGCUGCCGCUGCCCAGGCCGUCUGACCCGCUGAAGCCCUCCUGGUCAGUUCCUCCAGCACCACCCUGGCACUCAGCCAGGACUCCGACCCCACUAGGCCUACAUGGUAUAUCAGCUGAUAGUGAGAGAGUCUUCCGGCUUAUCUGUGCUUCUACAGCAGGAAACAAACUUAAGUUUUAGUAUACAACGGUCACCAAAGAGGUACAGGACCAUGAUGGAAACAUUAAAUGAAUUAGCCCAGCUGAGAGACUCUGGGUUCGGCCAACCCUGGCCCAGACACGGACUCAAACUCCUCUACUGGUUCGCCAAUGACUGUUUUUCUUUCAAAAGAAAAAAUUCCAUGCUCUGUAAAUGUGACCCAGCCAACGGAGAGUUUGGUUUUCACCUCUUUGAGAACAGAUAUGAUGAAUAUGGGGAUAAACUUCUUCCAGACAUAGACUUCCCUUACUAUGUGGUUGGCAAUCUAAAUUCACCAGGGGCUGAAGAACUUCCUGAUUAUGUCUCAGAAGACAAUUCUCCUGACCUUCACAACAGCAACACAGACCGGAUUAUUGUCAGUCUCUACGAUGAGGAGUGGUUUCAUAGAGUUUAUGUGACUCAACACCACAACCGAUCAAACUACGAUCAAAACGCCACUUACCGGAUCUCCAGAGGCCUUCUCAUGAUCAUCAGGAGGAGGAGUUUAGAGUACUUUCUGGAAGAGAUGGAUUAUUCAUACUUACAGCUUCUCUUAUCAAUGGCUAUGAUCAAUUACAGUCCUCAAACUACAGAUACAGUCAGUCCAGAUUUCACUGUGCUCACUCCACCAUGCAGUGAUUCAGAUGACAGCGAGCCUCCUGAAACACAGAGAAAUUACACCAAAACACAGAUAGAUGACAAGAAGAAGACUUGUUAUUUACCAACACCUGUCAUCAAUUACAGACCUCAAAAUACAAACAAAGUCACUCCAGAUUUCACUGCAAUUACUUCAUCAUCCAGUGAUUCAGAUGACAAUGAGUAUCCUGCAGCAAUCCAGUUAGAUGACAACGAGAAGACAGGUUAUUAUAAAUACACUCAGCCUCUCUUACCAACGCCUGUCAUCAAUUACAGACUUCAAGUUACAAGUACAGUCAGUCCAGAUUUUACUGCGGUCACUCCAUCAUCCAGUGAUUCAGCACACAAUAAACGUCCUGCAGCACAGAGAAAUUACACCAAAAUCCAGUUACAUGUUCACGAGAAUACAGGUUUUUAUUCAUACAAACAGCCUUUCUUACCAACGCCUGUCGUCAGUUACAGUCCUCAAACUACAAGAACAAUCAGUCAGGAUUUCACUGCAAUUACUCCAUCAUCCAGUGAUUCAGAUGAGCCUCCUGAAACACAGGGCAGUGACAGCAUAAUCCAGUUUGAUGAUGACAUGUCUACACAAGACCCCUCAGAGAACUUAAAAAAGAAGAAGGGAUUAUGCAAAAGAUUCUGCACCAUACUUUAAAACGGACUGCACUGCUGCACUCAAAUGCUCCUGGGAAACUCAAAUUUAAAAAUCAUAACUAUCACAGGAUAUGCAUUACAGUGAUGUUGGUUGGACACAGUACAGUUUCAUAUUUCUCUUUCCAUUGCCUACAAAGUCAGAAGAAAAUAAUGAACAUUAGCAUUUUAUCAUCGUCUUUCAAUCACAAAGAUUGAUGGGAAAUGAAAUUCUCCUCAGAACACCUACAUGAGUGCUUUUUGUGAGCUUUUGUUUUAUUUAUUUAUUUUUUUUUUUUUUUUUUGCUUUAACAUGUUAUAUUAUUGUCACCAUUGUUGAGAUUCACAGGCUGAUUCUUGAUGUCUGUGUGUCUAAAUAAGUUUUUAUUUAAGUUUUUUUUUUUUUUUUUUUUUAAUCAGAACAACUUUUAAGAAAUGCUUUGGAUUAUAUUGAAAAAGCUGAUCUUCUGCUGUAGAAUCACAGUGCUGUAAUCAGUAAUGUAGGGGGCACUCUAAAAGAAUUAGAGAUGUAGGAAUGAAUAGGCUAAUUGUUAAAUAAUUUAACAAGUGAUGUAAUGUAUCAUUACUGCUUAUCUAAAACAUGGAAAUUCAGUAUGCCAUAGGGCUGGGGUGAUAUGGACAAAAAAAAUCAUAUCUCUUUUUUUGGACUGAAUUUACAUUUACAUUACAUUUAUGCAUUUGGCAGACGCUUUUAUCCAAAGCAACUUACAUUGCAUUAUACUAUACAUUUGUAUCUGAGUAUGUGCAAUCCCUGGGAUCGAACCCAUGACCUUGGCAUUGUUAGUGCCAUGCUCUAACCACUGAGCUACAGGAAAGACUGAAUGGCAAUGUAUAAUCUUGGUAUUUUGUACAUUUUUCUA